CGAGAAAGCCAGAGGGAGAGAAAACCAGAUCCCAAAACCCUCACAAACCCUCAGUCAGACUCGCUGUGAUAAAGCUCUGGCGCUUCCUCACAGGAGCUUCUUCUAACAGAUGAAGACGAUGCUGACCUUUGCCCUCGUGCUGUGCGUUCUCCUGCCGCUCGCGCGCGGAGUGCCGCCAGGGUUCCAGGUGCGUCUGGUGGGCGGGUCAGGAGCGCACGAGGGCCGCGUGGAGGUGUUUCAUAAUGGCGAGUGGGGCUCGGUGUGUGACGACGAGGUGGAAAUCAACCUGGCUAACGUGGUCUGCCGGGAACUCGGUUACGGACAAGGUUUAACGUGGGCACACAGUGCCAGAUUCGGACAGGGUCGAGGUCCAAUUUGGUUGGAUAAUGUGGUGUGCAAAGGCACAGAGACUUCACUCUCUGAGUGUCGCUUUAACGGCUGGGGUGUAAAUGAUUGCACCCAUGCUGAGGACCUUGGGGUUGUGUGUACACAAGAGGGCCCACGCCAGGGCCAUGUACCCCGCUACAGUGAAUCCACACAGCCUGCUGCUGCUGAACCUCACUCACCAGAAAGCGUGUCCACUAGGAGAGGCCAUGAGAUCGCCCUGAACAGAAACACUGCCCAGGGCUCCUCAAAUCCAUCUCCACAACUGCAGGGCCAUCAAAUCCAAUUGCGCAGGAAUGGCUUUGGUAGCACAGCAUCACGCAGGCAAGAAAGCAGUGUGCCACAAGGACAUGAGCUGCCCAAUUACCUACGCAGCGGGUCAUCAUACAGACGCAGUCAGGACAGUCAACCCAGACCAGCAUCCCAGUCUGGCCCUGAAAGAUCCAGAUCUCCACAGUCAGGUCCAGUGCCCAGGCCAGAGCAGUCAGAUCCCAAUGUAGAGCAUGACAACAGAAUGAACACUGAUUUCACAAACACUGUGGAACAGAGUGUAGGAAGGGGGAGUUUGGAAGAAGUUCGACUCCGCCCUGUUUUGCCUGGCACUCGGGGCACUGCAAUGGUAACGGAAGGGGUGCUUGAGGUGAAGCAUGCUGGGAGAUGGAGACAUGUGUGUAACCUUGGCUGGAACUUGAGCAGCAGUAAAGUGGUGUGUGGGAUGCUGGGAUAUCCAAAUACAGAGCAGCACAAUGAGCGCUUGUACAGGAAACAGUGGGAAUCCAAGAUUGCAGAUCCAGCCAUGCGGUCUGCAGUCGGUAAGAAGGGUUACUGGGUGGAGAAGGUGAAGUGCACAGGAGCUGAGAACUCCCUGGCACAAUGCCAGACUCAGCUGUCUUUCGCUCGUAGUGAAGUGCCGUGUAUUGGGGGGAUGCAUGCUGUGGUACGCUGUGUACCUGGCCCACAGUUCUCCCACCUGUCUGGACAGCCUCAGGCUCCACCCUCCUCUCAGACAGUACGUCUGAAAGCAGGACCCAGGCUUGGAGAGGGACGUGUAGAGGUGCUGAAAGAGGGGAAAUGGGGGACGGUGUGUGAUCACCUGUGGGACCUGAAUGCUGCCAGCGUAGUUUGUAGGGAGCUGGGCUUCGGCACUGCCAAAGAGGCCCCCAGAGGUGCAUACUUGGGCCAAGGUACGGGUCCAAUCCAUAUGAACUCAGUGCAGUGUACUGGCCAUGAGAGCUCCAUAAGGCAGUGUAAAUAUCGGGAGGUUCCACUAUAUACCUGCAAACAUAGCCAGGAUGUUUCUGUUCGCUGCAACGUUCCCAAAACUGGUCUCUCAGCUACGGUACGCUUAUCAGGAGGGAGAGAUCCUUUGGAAGGAAGGGUGGAGGUCUUGAUAGAUGGGCGCUGGGGGACAGUGUGCAGUGAGAACUGGGGCAUCAAUGAGGCCAGGGUGGUCUGUAAACAGCUUGGCAUGGGCUUUGCAUCUUCAGCUCACCAGGACACUUCGUACUUUUACGGGAACUCGGGUGCAGAGGAGGUUGUUCUCAGUGGUGCUCACUGUACAGGGACGGAGAUCUCCAUCCAGCAGUGUAGGAGGAACGGAUAUGUGUACUGCCCUCGUGGAGGCGGAAGCAAAGCAGCCGGUGUUACCUGUUCCGAGACGGCACCAGACUUGGUGUUGGACUCUCAGCUGGUCCAGGAGUCCGCAUACCUGGAGGACCGUCCUCUUCACCUGCUCACCUGUGCCCAUGAGGAGCGCUGCCUCUCGUCCUCUGCCGCUCACAUGAACUGGCCCUACGGCCACCGGCGCCUGCUGCGCUUCUCCUCACGGAUCAUGAACCUGGGACGUGCGGACUUUCGGCCACGGGCCGGACGCGAAUCUUGGGUCUGGCAUCAGUGCCACAGACACUACCACAGCAUAGAGGUGUUCACUCACUAUGACCUCCUGACCAUGAAUGGCACAAAGAUCGCGGAGGGACACAAAGCCAGCUUCUGUCUGGAGGACACGUACUGUCCAGAUGGCCUGCGCAAGCGAUAUUCCUGCUAUAACAUGGGGGAUCAAGGCAUUUCAGUGGGAUGCUGGGAUACGUAUCGCCAUGACAUUGACUGCCAGUGGAUCGACGUGACUGAUGUCAGGCCUGGAGACUACAUCUUCCAGGUGGAGGUGAACCCCUCUCUGGACAUGGCCGAGUCUGACUUUGAGAACAACGUGAUGCGAUGCAGAUGCAGGUACGACGGUGGGAGAGUCUACCUGUACGGAUGUCAUGCAGGCGAUGCCUAUAGCGCAGAGGUUGAGGACCUGUUUGAACACCAGCGGCAGAUCUCCAACAACUUCCUCUAAUGAAAGGAACCAGAGGAACCAGGAAAGCAAAAUCUCUCCUUCGUCAUCCUCUCACCCUGCCACUGGACGGAGGGGAAGGGGAAGGAGAAGGUGGCUAACGUAAACAGAUUACAGGCUGUGGGUUUCUAGAGAUUUUAUUCAAGUUUGUCAGUCAGGUGAAUCCGUUGAAGUAGGACAAGAAUUCUGGGUAAUUUUUAAUCCGGGUCAUUUACCCUCUGAAUAACUGAUCUGUUUAUAAUCUGGAUGGAGUAUGGUGAGGUAAACGUGUAUAAAUCAACCAAUCUCUUAAGAGCAGUAAUUCUAGCAAAACAGGAUGUUAGAAUAUUAGAUUAAAAUAUUAGAGAAGUACAACAGAGUAUAUUGGAUGGGGGUGUAGGAAAUAGGUCCAUGAGGCAUCAUUUGCCAUGGCAUUGCCUGAUCCACAAGCAAAAAAGAAAGAUUAUGCAAGUAGAGCUGGAUCGUUCAGAUGUCCACCCUUGCCGUCAUAUUAUUGUUGCUGGGGCAACGAGUGAAUUUAUCAUUAUUUUUUUAGCCUCUAAAAAUAUCAGUUACUUUCUUUAGAUUUAAAGUGUUAUUUGACCACUGGUCCCCACCCUGAGAAAAACAACUAAACCAAAUGAUAUUAACAGCAGUAGUGUUAAUAAAUAAAUCCCGUUUCUGCAUUUUGCUGCAGCUUGAACACUGAUUUUCAAAAAACACGAUCACUCAAGUGCUUUGGUAUUCUUUUCAUCUGCAUUGCUUGUGUCCUCUAGAUAUUCCCUGGCCUGAUCUUUCCUAGCUGUAGGUUUCUCACCAAUACUUUAUUUUUCAACAUUCGUACUGAAUAUUGAUGAUCCCAGUUCCGUGUCAGUAACUGAAAAAGUGAAAAUAAUCGUUUCCGAUUUCAUGCAUAAUGAAACAACCCAUAAUUCUAGUCUAGCAGCAGUUUACCUUCGUUUGCUAAAUAAAUAGUACUUUGCUUAUUAGCUGGUUUUGAAACUUUGACCCCUUGACCCCCGAUUAAUGAACAUUAAACGAUUUUGCCAUGUACUUGUGAUAUUUCACAGCCACUCAAUAACAUCUGAUCCCAGGUAUAGCCCCUACAGGACUCCUCAUAGUCAAGGUGUUUCAUAACUCAUGGUGCUCGACUAGGGAACACGUGGAGACACGCAGGAUUAAAAGCAUAUCGUCGAAGAGCCUCGGCUGUGUCGGUGCUAUGUUUGAUAAGUAUGUAUGUGCUUCAUCAUAGAUGUAUUGUCAUGUACAGAUUUAUUUGAAUCAUGAUUUAUAUAUAUUAUGGUCUGUAAUUUAUGACCUUUUGAUACUUUUUUUUGUUAUUGAAAUUUUAUCUCAGUGAAAAAUAGCGGGUCAGUGAAUUUUAUUUUAGAUGGUUCUUUCACUAAUACUUGAAAAUAAACGGUGUUAUGUCUAUUGUA